AUGACUACCGACUUCGCCGAGAAGAACCGUCAGGUUUUUGAAAAACAAUCUCGUACCUACCGGUCCGAGUUCGGCAAAGUAGUGGAAACGUUGAUCAACGUUGUCAAACACAAGCGUACCUGGGUCAGUGAUACAUGGACCGACACCGAGGCAGGAAAGGGAAAAGAGAUCAAGGUGCUUGAGUAUGCUUGCGGCCCUGGUCAUAUAUCUUUGGCACUGGCACCGUAUGCCACUCGUGUAAUCGGCAUGGAUAUCUCGGAUGGCAUGAUCGAUGAGUUCAACAAAAAUAUUCGCGAAGAAGGUCGUUCAGAUAACGUAGUCGGAAUCAAGGCCAAUAUUCUUUCGGACUCACCGCCGGCUGAAGUCUCGGGGCCUGAGUACUUCGACUUUGACGUCUUGGUUGUCAGUAUGGCUACUCACCAUUUUGAACACCCCGGACAAGCCUUGAGCCGCCUGAGUGAGAGGUUGAAGGAAGGAGGAAUAAUGAUGAUUGUGGAUUUAGUCCCAGAAGAACUUCCUGACCACGGAAUGCAUCAAAUGGGAGACGUUGUCCACACAAUUUCGAAACACGGGUUCAGCCUUGAGGAGAUGCGGACAAUGUACGGAGACGCAGGAGUCAAGACGGGGUUCAAGUAUCAGGUUAUCGACGAGCCAUUGGUGUUUACCAAGAACGGAAACACAUUCGAGAAGACCAUUUUCAUCGCUCGGGGCCAGAAAUGA